UCACAUACAAAAAGAGGAAGAUUGGCAACAGAUGUUAGCUCAGGUGAAUCUUAAAAAAAAAAAAUUUGUGUAUGUGAGCAUGCACCCCAAAACUGAACCCUAACAUUUUGGCUAAUCAAGAACAUUUGCAGCAGAGGAAAUAUUUUUCUCCCAAUUUCAUAUACAUUCAUUUUCUUGAUGAACAAUUUCAAAAUAAGGAACUUGUGUAGCUGGUAAUAAUAUCAAUACAACAGGAAAAAACAGUUUAUAUUAACUGGAUAUUCUCGUUUUUACUUUUUAUAAGGCAUACAGUAAAAUAUAUUAGAAGAGCAUAUCUUAAACCUGUCCUUUUUUUCUUUUAGUUUUCAAGUUUUCAUCUAUUUUCAUGCAUAAAUUUAUCUAAUAGAAGCUAUAGAUUUUUUCCACCUUCCUUCCCCCACCCUAUCGUAAUGUAAAAUUAUCCUCCCUUCCCAUAAUAGUUAUAAUAAUGCCCUGCCCUAUUGGACUCUGAUCUUCUUUCAGCAAUUCAUUUUUCAUUAAGUGCUAAACUUUAACUAGAAGGCUGAGGAUAAAAGGCAAGACAGUGCCACACAAACAGUCACUUUGACAGAUUUACUGACUGAAUCAGGAGGUGACCAUGACCUGCUGUGAAGGAUGGACAUCCUGCAAUGGAUUCAGCCUGCUGGUUCUACUUGUGUUGGGGGUAAUUCUCAACGCCAUACCGCUAAUUGUCAGCUUAGUUGAUGCAGACCAAGUUUUUCAAAACCCCAUCUCUUGCUUUGAGUGGUGGUUCCCAGGAAUUAUUGGAGCAGGUGUGAUGGUCAUCCCAGCAACAUCAAUGUCCUUGGCAGCAAGAAAAAGAGCAUGCUGCAACAGUAAAGUUGGGAUGUUUCUUUCCUCGCUUUUGAAUAUAAUCACAGUCAUUGGUGCUGUGUAUUGCAUGUUGGUAUCUAUCCAGGCUCUCGCAGAAGGUCCUCUCAUCUGUAACUCUCAAGGCAACAGUACUUCCAGUUGUGAAUUUUCAUUUAAAAACUUAAGGGACAUUCAUCUAGAAUCCUUCAAUGUGCGGUGGUUCUUCAAUGAAUCUUGCGUAACUUCUACUGGUUUCACUAAUCCCACCAACAACGACAUCAUGGCCAGCAACUGGGGGAAAAACAGCUUGAAUUCUACAGAAAACAAAUACAGGAUUAUCCAUUUCUCAGUAUUUUUAGGUCUCCUGCUUGUGGGGAUUCUUGAGCUCCUGUUUGGACUCAGUCAGAUAGUCAUCGGUUUCCUCGGCUGUCUGUGUGGAGUCUCCAAGCAAAGAAGUCGAAUCGUGUAAUUUAGUGGCAAUAAAACAGAACUAUUAGCAGUUUGAAUCAUUUGAGAAUUACAUUUAAAAGACAUCCUUUUAGACGUCUGAAG